ACAUGAACAUUCAGUGACAGUGACAUGAUCAUGCCGGGGGUUUGGGUUAGAUUCCCGUUCUGGCCGGCGGAUUUUUCGUGAAACAAAUUUCUUCCCACUUGCACUGAGAUCACGCAUGUUCUAUAGCUUGCCAUUCCAGAAUACAUUCAAGGCGUGUUAUUCGGCAUAAAAAUCUCAACUAAGUACUACUAAUAAAAAUGACGCAAGUAAUACCUACGUUGAGAAGGCAAAAGUUCCACUGGGAACGUUAGUGCUAUCCAAGAAGAUAUUCAAUGACAUCGAGAAUGAACUGAUAUUUCUGUCGAUGAAACGAAGACUAUAUGAAAAUGAAGGUAAAGGUGAACCAAAAAUAAUAUCAUUAUAGGCACAGUGACAGAAAGAAGUGAAGAGUGUCGGUGGAGAUAUUUUGCACUGACAAAUUUUGCUUUUCGAUUUCAACAUGCUCUCUCGAAAAUUUGCAUCCCUGUUCCCGGCUAAUACGUCGCAACCGUUCUAAAUAAACAUUGCCUCAAUAAAACUUGAUGCAGAAAAGAAUAUUUUGUAUUUUCAUUUUUUUAACAUAUUUAUAAAGUGCAUUUGAGCUUUUUGAACACCCUUUAAAUAGGGGCGCUUGAAUUUAUUCAGAAAUAAAAAUGGAAUUUUGUUACAUAAAAAUCACUCUUAUUUAACCAUUCGUCUAUACAUUUUCGACAUUUUUGCUGAAAGUUUUCAUUAUAAUAUAAAAUUGUCUUCAAAAACAAUUUUCGUAUGAGAUUUUUUCACCACCUUUGACGUACCCUUAACCCUCCUGUACUCGCGUGCAAAAUCAUAACACGUAUACUCGCACACGGUGUCACAGACCGAAAAUUGAACUUCUCUGUAAUGUUGCCAAUGUGUAUUUUCCGGGCUUUAUUGGCAUUUAUUUUAAGAAGAGGGUAUGUUUAAAUGAAAAACCUCCAGAAAAUAUGUUUUCUCCGUCUUUAUUAUGUUUUAAUAGUCAUCUAAUUAGGCCUCCUCAAAACAGAUUAAUUUCUGAUACUCAAAUACAAUUUACAAAUAACGAAAUUCGAAUUUUUCACUGUUUUUCAUUUAAAGUAAGCUACCGAAUAUAAUUCAUGGAAGUACAAAGAGCUAUAAAAUAACAUAAAAACGAAUUAAUCGAUUGUGGUUCGAUUGGAGUAAGAAUCAGAACAUAGCAUAACUGCAUGUUCGAAACAAACAUGUUUUUUACAAUCCAUGCAAUUGUUGCGUGUUUUUCGGGCCUUUUAUCGAAGAGAAUAAUGUAUACCGACCUUCUAGAUAAUCACCAGACGAUAAAGGUUCUGGAAUAUAAAGUUUGCAUAUUUCUAAUAUUCUUUGUCUCUUUAUUCUUGGUAAACUAAAAACUAAUGCCUUUUUAUAGAUAGGGCAUAAAAAGAUGAUAUAAAAGGAUUUCUAGGAACUUCCUUUUCUUUCUCUUGUUUUCUUGUUGAUAUUGUCCAUUAAAAAAAAUUCCCCGAAACUGUAACUGUUAAAAAUUACCAUAAGCCACCGAUUAGUUUAUAGUUUACUGUUUACAAUUCUUCCACGAGUGAAAUUCUUUCACAAGUGUGUAUAUGUAUGACCAUUAUACUUAGCGAAUAACUAUACGAAAGUCAAACAUUUACAUUUUGCUUUUGAACAUAUGAAUCUAACGACGAAUAUAUCGACCAAUAGUUAAUAUAUGGAUCUGUUCAAUCCAGUUACAAAAGGGACUGAAACCGAAUAAGAAUAGUCCGGUAAUGAUCUUAUGCAUUAUAUUCAAUAAAUAUUCCACGCCACUAACAUUAAUUUAUACAUUUCAUUCAACAAUAUUCUAGACUAUGAAAAAAGGCACAUGUCCAAAAAAGUUACUCCUAUACUCGCGUCGGUGUGUCAGACCGAAAGUGUUGAAAAAGUGGCACACGUCCCCUUUGUACCAACACAUGCGGUACGCUAAACGAUGACGAACGACGAAUAACGAAGCUAGAGAGAAUCGCAAAGUCGUAGUGUUGAUAUUUUCUGAGAAAUGAACGAAUUAUUGAAUUCUCGGUCUGACAGACCAAUGCGCGAGUAUAGGAGUGUUAAACUAGUAAACGAAGCUCAAUGUCGUCGACGCGAAUACUUCAUACAAUGCUGUCGCUUUCCUAAUGAUAUUCGAACAACUUAAUAAAACCUGAACAACACUAGUUAUUUUCAAAUGAAACUGACAGCAUUUCGCGAUAUCAGUGCUCGCUCGCUUUCUUUCAAAACAACUCAAAUGUUUUGAUAAAUCUGUAGGUGCAAUGUUAUUGUUUACAUUACAUCAAAUUGCGAAGAUGUUGCAUUGAGUAAUACUGAACAAAGUAUUGGACGAAUGCUCAUUGCAGAAUAGAGUGUCACAAGAACUACGACGAUAACGGCAGCAACUAUGAUAAACACAGGGUCACAUCUUGUGGCUAAAAAUCUAGCCCGCUUCAAACUGAUAACGUUCGAUGUUACGGACACAUUACUGAAAUUUUCUCGACCACCCGAAAUGCAGUACGCAUUGGCAGCCAAACGACACGGAUGCACCGACCUUAACGAACCGGCAUUGGCUAAGUGUUUCCGAUCGAACUUCAAAAGGAUGGCUCGAGAGUAUCCUAAUUUCGGUAAGUGUUCUACCUACGAUUGGCAGUGGUGGUGGCGGACCCUGGUGAUGGACAUAUUCCGAGAGUCGCAUGCUCAUUUGGAUCACGAACGGUUGAACCGAAUAGCCGACGAUCUGAUAGAAGAUUUCAAAACAAGUGAUUGUUGGACUAAAACGGAAAUGGCCGAUGAAAUACUUGAAACAGCUCGCGUACACUGUAAACAUGUGGGAAUAAUUUCCAAUUUCGAUCCCAGAUUGAGAGAUAUCAUUGGUGUCAUGAAUCUACCGACAGUUGAUUUUAUCGUCACAAGUUACGAGGUUGGAGACCAGAAGCCUGGUGGAAAGAUCUUCGAACAUGCCCUAAGCCUGUGCAAUUCUCGAGUGCUUCCUUGCGAAGCGCUUCAUGUCGGAAAUACUCCUCACCUAGAUUACAUGGGUGCAAAGCAAGCCGGUUGGUCGAGCGUGUUGGUCAAUAUAGAUUCUGCGUCAGAAAAAGGAGUUUCUCUCGAUCCAGAAAUAAAUCCGAAACAUGUGUUUAGAAACUUCAGUGAGUUUAUUCACGUGCUGAAGACUGUCGAGUUAAAAUGGUAAUAUAUACUUGUUCUGCUAUUAUUUUCUAUUGGGUAGUGUUACAGUUUAAAAAUUGUGUAUAAUAUAUUAAAAAUACGCUGAAUAAAUAAUGGGAAAAUGUUUGAGAUCA